AUGUCGGCAAUCACGAUCGUCAAACGUGAUGCUUUUGCUGCCGUCCAAAAUUUUUGGAACUUUGUCCGCCAGUCGUGGGGCUGGUCAGAAAAAUUCCAGAUACAGACACCCCUGCCGUCUGUGGAGCACAAGGCUGCUCUCCAUAGGCGCAGCUUGGUGAAAUCUUUCCAGCAACGACUCCAUCACCAGAUUGACCACGCCUGGCUCUCGAAACCAACACCACAACAAGGCCACAGUUCCGUCAAGAUGUCGAAAGCGAAAGGCGCAGCCGGGGCUGUCGAUCAGAUCGUCAAGCUGAUAGUCGGAGCCGGCCAGGCGAGUCCCAGUCCGCCCGUUGGUCCUGCGCUGGGAAGUAAGGGUGUCAAAUCGAUGGACUUCUGCAAGGAGUUCAAUGCUAGGACUGCACACAUCACCCCUGGCACCCCGAUGCCUUGCCUCGUCACCGUUCGACCAGACCGAUCCUUCCACUUUGACCUGAGGACGCCGCAAACAUCAUGGCUUCUCUUGAAUGCUGCCGAAGCACCGCGGAACAAGAAGGGAAACAGGAGGGGGGCCAGCAACCCGGGGCAUGAGACGGUGGGAACCAUCAGCUUGAAGCAUGUUUACGAAAUCGCGAAGAUUAAGCAGUCAGAGCUACGACUUUCUGGGCUUUCUUUGGAUGGCUUGUGUAGAUCAAUCAUUUACCAAGCGAGGUCUAUUGGAAUCAAUGUGGUGGCAUAG